UGCCACCCACCUGCAAACCCACUUCCAAACCAACCACUCCCAUAGUCCCAUCCCUUCCUCUCCUUGUCCCUGUUUUGCCACCCAAGGGCUCGUACACAAUUCAAACCUCUUAUAUUUCCCUGUACUUCUCCUUCUCCGAUAUAAACUCUCCGCCUUCCGCCGCUCUCUUCCCCUUUCUCCUCCUGCAUCAACUCCAUCAAACUAAUAACCACUCAAUAAAAAAAAUCCUAAUAAUUACUCAGAAAAAUCCUUCACUUCUCCGCUGCGAAAAAUAGAUCUGUAUUGCAACUAUUACCCUCCUCUGAGAAACCGACCCAUAUCUUUCUAUUAAUAAAUCGAUCGGUCGAUCGGGGUUUUAGGGUUUUGCUCCUAGGGUUUUGGGGAGGGGCGACGCCCGCCGUGGAAUAACUCUGUCUUCCAACUUUUGUUAACCCCUUUCUGAUGAGAAUCCCCAUUGAAGUCUUUCUAUUUAUAAUUCGAAUCGAUCGACAGCUAGGGUUUUUAGGAUUUUGUUUCUAGGGCUUUGGGAGGGGCGAGGCCCGCCAUGGACGACCUCGAGAAGGCGAUCCUCCUCAACUACGAGCCCAGCGCUGCGGACCCGGGUCUCCGCGCUCAGGCCAUGGCGUUCUGCGAGCAGGCCAAGGCCGAUCCAUCCGCCCUCCUCCGCCUUUGCCUGGACCGCCUCCACCGUUCCCCCAUCGUCGCUGUCCAGUUCUGGUGCCUUCAAGCCCUCCACGACGCCCUCCUCCUCCGGUACUCCUCCCUUUCCCCCGCCGACCUCCUCCUCCUCCGCUCCUCCCUUCUCUCCCUCGCCUCCGACUGCCCCCUCCCCCCCUCAUCCCCUUCCUUCCUCCGCAACAAGCUCGCUCAGGUCAUCGCCGCCCUCAUCCGCCUCGAGUACCCCACCCUCUGGCCCUCCCCCUUCCACCAACUCCUCCCCUGCCUCCCAUCCGCCGACCCUCUCGCUGUCGACAUGUUCGCCCGCCUCCUCGCGGCCCUCGAUGACGACCUCCUCAGCCAGGACUACCCCCGCUCCCCCGACGAGGCCGCCGCCGCCUCCCGCGUCAAGGACUCCAUGCGCCUCCAGUGUGUCCCCCAGAUCGCCCGCCACUGGUUCGACGCCGUCUCCCUCUACCGCUCCUCCAACCCCGACCUCGCCGCCGCCGCCCUCGACACCAUGAAGCGGUACGUCUCCUGGAUCGACAUCGCCCUCGUCGCCAAUGACGCCUUCAUCCCCCUUCUCUUCGAUCUCAUUCUCGCCUCUGGCUCGCCGGAGCAGCUGAGGUCUGCGGCCGCCGGCUGCGUCCUUGCCAUUGUCUUGAAGAGAAUGGACCCCCGCUCGAAACUUGCCCUGCUCCGCAGACUCCGUGUGAGCCAGGUGUUUGCAGGCCCCGAUCUCGUUCUAAAGCUCGCGACUUUGAUAACUGGGUAUGCUUCUGAGGCUCUGGAAUGCCACAAAACGUUGGGUUCGGAGGAAAUCGAGGGGUCCUUCUCGUUGGAGCUCCUUGAGGAGGCCUUGCCGUCAGUGUUCUAUGUGAUGCAGAACUGCGAGGAAGUGGAUUCUGGCAAUGUGGUAGAUUUCUUGUCGGACUAUGUGUCUACCAUGAAGUCACCCUCGCAGCAACAGGUAGCUUACCUGGGACAGAUAUUAGAAGUGAUUCGAGUGCAGAUAUGCUACGAUCCAGCCUAUAGAAGCAAUCUUGAUAUCCCUGAUAAGAUCGGGAGGGAGGAGGAGGACCAGAUGAGCGAGCGCCGGAAGGAGCUCUUCACACUCUUCCGUAGUGUGUGCAGGGUGGUGCCUGAUGGCACGCAAUUAUUUAUCCGGAAUCUGUUAGUUACUGCUCUCUCCUCUUCAGAAAUGAAUGUGGAGGAAGUAGAAGCUGCGCUGACCUUAUUCUACCGGUAUGGUGAGACUGUGAGUGAAGAAGCAAUAAGGACGGGUGGUGGGUUGCUGGGGGAGUUGAUUCCGAUGCUUCUAUCGGCACGGUUCUCAUGCCAUUUGCAUCGGGUGGUGGCACUUGUUUAUUUGGAAACAGUCACGAGGUACAUGAAGUUUGUGCAUGAGAAUGUCCAGUACAUACCUCAUGUGCUGGCUGCUUUUCUGGAUGAGAGGGGAAUACACCAUCCAAACCUCAACGUGAGCCGACGGGGUAGUUAUCUAUUCAUGAGAGCAGUGAAGUUACUGAAAGCAAAGCUUCUGCCAUUUUUAGAUACAAUUUUGCAGAGCCUGCAAGGUACGGUAGCGCAUUUUACAAGCGUAGAUUGGAUGUCCAAAGAACUGAAAUGCUCUGGUUCUGAAGAUGGUAGUCAGACAUUUGAGGCAAUUGGACUAUUGCUUGGCAUGGAAGAUGUGUUACCUGAAAAGCAAUCUGAGUACUUGGCAGCAUUGCUCAAUCCUCUUUGUCAACAGGUUAAGGCAUUGCUUUUGGAUUCCAAAGUACAGGCUCUAGGAGAAUCUUCGGCAAAAGUUGUGACACUCCAGCAGAUUAUCAUGGCCUUGAAUGCUCUUAGCAAGGGUUUUAAUGAGCGGCUAGUUAUUGGUAGUCGUCCAAUGGUCGGCAUUAUGUUUAAGCAGACACUGGACGUGGUAUUGCAAAUCCUUGUCAUGUUUCCAAAUGUCAAACCUUUACGGAAUAAGAUUACCUCCUUUCUUCAUCGCAUGGUUGACAUUUUAGGAACAUCUAUAUUUCCAUGUCUUCCUGUGGCAUUGAAGCAGUUGCUUGUGGAGAAUGAGUCAAAAGAUAUGGUGGAUUUUCUUCUAUUAAUCAAUCAAUUGAUAUGCAAAUUUAAUACCUCCGUGGGGAACUUGUUAGAGCAGAUAUUUCCAGCCAUUGCAAGUAGAUCGUUUGUUAUUCUUUCAAAUGAUGCGUUUUCUUCAGGGUCUGGAGCCAAUACUGAGGAAAUACGUGAACUGCAAGAACUGCAGCGAACAUUAUAUACAUUCCUUCAUGUUAUGGCAACCCAUGACCUUUCUUCUGUUUUUCUUGCUCCAAAUUGUAAAGGCUAUUUGGAUGCUAUAAUGCAUCUGCUCUUAUCAACCUCUUGCACUCAUAAGGAUAUGCUUCUUAGGAAGCUGUGUGUGCAAAUUUUUGUGAAACUUAUUAAGGACUGGUGCACCAAUAAUAAUGGCGAAGAUAAGGUUCCUGGUUUCCGAAGCUUUAUAAUUGAGAAAUUUGCAACUGAAUGCUGCUUGUAUAGUCUUCUGGACAAGUCAUUUGAGUUCCGCGAUGCAAAGACUCUUCUUCUUUUUGGAGAAAUUGUGCUGGCUCAAAAGGUUAUGUAUGAGAAGUUUGGGGAUGAUUUCAUUAUUCAUUUUUUGUCGAAAGGUCUCCCAGCAGCUCAUUGUCCACAAGAUUUAGCAGAACAAUACUAUCAAAAGUUGCAGGGAAAUGACGUCAAGACUCUGAAAUCCUUCUAUCAAUCUCUAAUUGAGAAUUUGAGGCAGCACCAGAAUGGAAGUCUUGUUUUCAGAUAGCAUCAUAUUUUAUCUUCGUGCCGCUUAGAUGGCAUUAUGAUAUUAGACUGGUUCUCUAAAUUUUUCCAGGGAGCACCUUGUUUGUCGAGCGCAGGGCAGUUUUUCUGUGUAAAAUGAUGCUGCAAUAUUCUUUGAGAUGAGAAGAUGUAUAUUUGCGGGAGUGCUUUCUUUCAGCAGGCAGGGCGGUUGAUUUUUUGUGAGAGUAUAAACUUGUGAUGGAAUGAGCAAUGCUGUAUAUUCCUUUCUCCAUGAGGAACCAUAUGUUUUUGUGGGCUUAUUUCUCUUUGAUUUUGCUAUUUUCAAUUCAGUUCUGUUGUGCAAAUUCAGGAUUUCAGAAAGCCAGAAAAAUUUGUUACUAGAACCUGGAUGUCUAUGAAGACUAUAUAUUUAUUAAAAAAAAAAAGAAGAAAUAAUUUUAUCCCCCUUUUGGCUGA